GGUGGCAAGAGAGAGGUACAUAUUCAGGAUCUCACCAUUCACCACACAUAGGCUUACAGGCUCCCUGCCCACCUCUGCUUCCUCCAGAAACACAGGAGUUCCAGAUCACACUAAGGCCGCCAUGAAUUCACUCAGUGAAGCAAACACCCACUUCGCACUUGAUCUGUUCCAACAGUUCAAAAAAUCAGAGAAGGACAACAUCUUCUAUUCCCCUCUCAGCAUCACAUCAGCGUUAGCCAUGAUGUACUUAGGGGCCCAAGGAAACACUGCGCUCCAAAUGGGCAAGGUCCUUCACUUUAAUGAAGUCGCAGACAACGCAAGAGAAAGACCUACAACAGCUCAUGCUGAAAAGUUGGGAAAUGUGCAUCACCAAUUUCAAAAGCUUCUGACGGGAUUAAAGAAAUCAACUGAUGCCUAUGAGCUGAGCAUCGCCAACAGGCUCUAUGGAGAAAAGAAGUUUCAGUUUCGUCAGGAAUACAUGGAAAAUGUUAAGAAAUUUUACCUUGCCAGUGUGGAAUCUGCUGAUUUUAAAAAUGCUGCAGAAGAAAAUCGCAAGAAGAUUAAUUCCUGGGUGGAAAGCCAAACAAAUGGAAAAAUCAAGGAUGUGUUUCCCCCUCACUCUCUUGAGUCCGCCAUUCUGGUUCUGGUGAAUGCAGUCUAUUUCAAAGGGCAGUGGGACGAGAAAUUCGACAAAAGAAGAACUGUGGAGGAAAAAUUUUGGCUGAACAAGGAUACCAGCAAAUCCGUGCAGAUGAUGAAACAAAAGAGUUUCUUUAAUUUCACUGACCUGGAGGACAUGCAAGCCAAGAUCCUGGAAAUACCAUACAAAGGCAAAGAUCUAAGCAUGAUGUUGCUGCUGCCAAAUGAAGUGGAUGGUCUGCAGAAGCUUGAAGGUAAACUCACUGCUGAGAAACUAAUAGAGUGGACAAGCUCACAGAAUAUGAGGGAGAAAGAAGUAGAUUUAUAUUUACCUCGGUUCAAAGUGGAAGAGAGCUAUAACCUCGAGGAAGUGCUGAUGUCCAUGGGGAUGGUGGAUGCCUUCAGUACACGGGAAGCCAACUUCCUGGGCAUAGCAGAGAGCAAAGGUCUCGUGUUGACAAAAGUUGUACACAAGUCCUUUGUGGAGGUGAAUGAGGAGGGCACGGAGGCUGCAGCUGCUACAGGCGGAGUAGUUGGUAUAACAUCACUACCAAUUUAUGAAAGUUUCCACUGUGAUCACCCUUUCCUGUUCUUCAUCAAGCACAAUAAGACCAACAGCAUCCUCUUCUUGGGCAGAAUCUCUUCCCCUUAGAUGCAAUUAACCUGCUACUAACUUAGGGAGAAGUUCACACUUCUUCCAAAACAUUGAUUGCAGAAAUACUAGUUCUCUUUAACUCUUUUUCCUUUCCAAUCUUAUAGUUAUCACCAAGAAUGUAAUGAUUGAAAGCAUACUGUCUAUCUCUCUCUUUCUACAAACACGUGUAAACUGACUUCAUUUCCCCAUGAUGAUUCCCUUUGCACAAAAUGUUCAAGAUAAGCUGAAAGAAUAUUUCAAUACUUUAUCUUCUCCUAAUUUUUAAAUAUAAUAUCUGCUAUUUCAAAA